UUGUCUUCGAGUUUGCAUUCUGUCAAAGGAGGCAGACAGGUUGGUUUCUUUUUUAAAAGCUCCUUAUAGAUUGUGGUGAGUACUUUAAGAAACAGGUGCUUAUGGAGUAAGAAAUUUCAGAGAGUACCAGGAAAAGGGCCCCCCCCCCCCACUUUGGAAUGGUAGGAAGAUAUAGAGAAGACCAAAUGUCCGUAGCUUAGUUAGUCCUAAGUUGAGAAGGAAAAUACAAGUUACCUUUUUCAAGACUUUGAAAAUCACGAUAAAGAGUUUGAGCGGCUACAAAGCAGCUGAACAAAAGGGAGUAUAAUAUUUUAAAAAAUAAUUCCUAUUCUUCUAUAUAGAAUGGUGGAGAGGAAGAACGGGGGUAAAUAAAUAAUCUAUGUGGUGGUUGCAUUACCGUAGAGGGAGACCCAGUUAAAGCAAAACUCAGUGGUAGAGCAACUUACCUAGCAGGUCCCCAGCAACGCUGUAGGGGAAGUAGGAGCAGGACUGAGAGAGUAGGCAAUUGCCACAAAUAUUUUGGUGGCGAUCCAGCAGCUGCUCAUGGGUUUAUGGAAGUAUGUGAGAGAAAUGAGAUCCCGCUAGAACUGUGUAAAAGAAUUAUCCUAGUUUCUAAGUUAUUAGCCAAAGGUUGCCUGGAGAGAUAAGAACAGUCAUUCUAACACGAAAACAAUCACUACUGAGCUAGCUAGGUUAAAAAAAAAGUUUCCAGACAGCUCUCCUUUCUGUUUAAUGGUAGCUUUUCUAGAUUUUAAAUCAGUUACAACACAGUCUCCUAGUGCUUCAGUUUCAAUUGCUGCACAUUUUGAGAAGAAAAAAAAUCAAAUUAAGUCAAAGACUAAAUCAAGAAAUGGCAGCUAGUUAGUUGACAGUUUUCUGACUGAGUAGACAUCUCAAAAUAAUGAUUUUAAUGUCAAAGGAUCAAGAGGUCUUUUAAAUGGAAGUAUUGGAGUAGAAUUUUGCCAGAAAGUUUUCAGAAUAUUUUUAAAUGGCAAAGACAUUAGUGUUUCUCUGGAUUGCAGAAGUGUUAGCAGUGAGCUGAGGGCCCUCUGGGGUGGAAAGAAGCAGCAAAAAAGGUGAUGUCCCUGCAGCUCUUCAGGCCAGCUCUGUCCCCAUGAUCCUACAUCUCAGAGGCACCCAGGCCAAUAAAGAUCCUGCAAACACUUGAUUCAUUCUUUGGUCAUUGUCAGAGAUAAUCAGUGCUUAGGUAAAAGUAGCCCAAUUUUUGUAAAAGACUGCUUCAUGCUUUUUGGAGAGAUGGACGCUGGGGACCGACCUGAACCCAGAACCUUCCUUCAGUACCUUAGACAGGUUCUAUCAGUGAGCUGCAUACCUGCCUUCAGUUCCUUGGCUCCUUUUAUUCAAGAUAAAAUAUUAAAUGUGUUGUUUUUAAAACUAUAUAAUAAAGACAAUGAGUUACAAGGCACUAAUAGUUCUGGAUCCUUGGGUGGUCUCGAUGUCCGCAGAAGAAUUCCUAUAAAACUCAUCUCCAAACAGGCCAACAAGGUUAAGCCUGCCCCUCGGACUCAAAGGACUGUUAGCAGGAUGCCUGCAAAGGCCGCACAAGAAGGAUUUGAUUAUAAUGAAGAACAGCGGUAUGACUGUAAAGGGGGCGAACUCUUUGGAAAUCAGCGAAGAUUUCCGGGACACCUGUUUUGGGAUUUUAAGAUAAACAUCUUAGGUGAAAAGGAUGAUACACCAGUUCAUUUCUGUGACAAAUGUGGAUUGCCCAUUAAAGUCUAUGGAAGAAUGAUUCCAUGCAAGCAUGUCUUUUGCUAUGACUGUGCUAUUUUACAUGAAAAAAAAGGAGAUAAGAUGUGCCCGGGAUGUAGUGAUCCUGUGCAGCGGAUUGAACAGUGCACACGAGGUUCUCUCUUCAUGUGUAGCAUUGUUCAAGGUUGCAAGAGAACAUAUCUGUCUCAAAGGGACUUACAAGCUCACAUCAACCAUCGCCAUAUGAGAGCUGGAAAACCUGUUACCCGUGCUUCACUUGAGAAUGUUCAUCCUCCUAUUGCCCCCCCACCAACUGAAAUCCCUGAUCGUUUCAUAAUGCCACCAGACAAGCAUCAUAUGAGCCACAUUCCUCCAAAGCAGCACAUCAUGAUGCCACCGCCUCCUUUGCAGCAUGUGCCACAUGAGCACUAUAAUCAGCCACACGAGGAUAUCCGUGCUCCUCCAGCAGAGUUGUCCAUGGCUCCACCUCCACCUCGUUCAGUCAGUCAGGAAACCUUUCGUAUUUCAACAAGAAAACACAGCAAUUUAAUAACCGUCCCUAUUCAGGAUGACUCAAGUUCAGGUGCUAGAGAACCACCACCUCCUGCCCCAGCACCUGCUCAUCACCAUCCUGAAUAUCAGGGUCAACCAGUGGUGUCUCACCCUCAUCACAUCAUGCCUCCACAGCAACAUUACGCACCUCCCCCACCUCCUCCACCACCAAUAAGCCAUCCAAUGCCACAUCCUCCCCAGGCUGCAGGUACUCCUCACUUGGUCUAUAGCCAAGCUCCACCUCCACCAAUGACCUCUGCUCCACCACCAAUAACCCCUCCCCCUGGACAUAUUAUUGCCCAAAUGCCACCUUAUAUGAAUCAUCCUCCUCCAGGACCCCCUCCACCUCAGCAUGGUGGUCCACCUGUAACUGCACCCCCUCCGCACCAUUAUAAUCCUAACUCUUUACCCCAGUUUACUGAAGAUCAAGGAACUCUGAGCCCUCCAUUUACACAACCAGGAGGAAUGAGUCCUGGUAUCUGGCCUGCACCAAGAGGGCCACCACCUCCUCCACGAAUGCAGGGCCCACCUUCUCAAACCCCACUACCUGGACCACAUCAUCCAGAUCAAACAAGAUACAGACCGUAUUACCAGUGAUCAUAGUGUUUUGAACUGAAGAUAUAACAAGGAAAAAAAAUUAAAUUAGUCAAUCUUAAUUGAGCUUUGACUGUGGAAGGAAAACGACCUCUUGAGGUAGCUGUAAAACAAAGUCUUGUCUCUUAAAAUGGUUUUAAUCUGACUUUAGGAUUGCUUUCAAGUACUAUUCUGUAGUGCAGAUAAAUGGCUUGGUUGAGCACAACUAUAUCUUAACAACUGUUACGUUGAUGUGAUAAAUUUUCCCAAAAGCGACCAUUUGUUUAAAAAAAUGAAAACAAUUUCACUGUUCCACUUUGAGAAAUACUGCUUUUAUUAAACCCAAUGUUUAGUUUCCUUGUGACACAUUUUGUUAACCUGUGUAAAAGAAUUAAAUUUCAAAAUGGUUGUAAAAAUGCUAUUUUUAUGUGAAUUUAAGUGCAGCCAUAUCAUUUUUUAACCCAUAUUUUACCACUAAUUUUCCAAAGUUAAAAUAAAAUCCUAAAAGUAAAAAUGUACUAAAUUGUUACUAGGCAGACUGUUAAAUUGUAGGGAAUUAUUUCACGUUUUAGGCACUGAAAUUUCAAGGUGUAUUGUAUAGUGCGUUUCACUUGGAUGCCUUUUCAUGUUGGGUAACCUGUGAAGCUCCAAUACACAUCAGAGUUUGUGCCCUUAGUUGGCUGACGUGUGUCUCAGGGUACCCGUUGUAUAAUUUGGAAGGUGACCUGCUUUACAGGCUCUAACCGCCGAUGAGUGCUGUUUUCAUUGAUGCUUUUCCUGAGUGCUUAGUCACCUAAUUUGUCACACUUAAUCCUAAAUUCUGUUACUUUAUAGGACUUUUAAAAUGGUGUUAUUUGGAUGAAAUGUGUUCUCUGUUCACUCUCUUAACCUACAUAUUUGGGGCUGACUAGGCUCUAUUUAAAUCUGCAUUUGCUCAUAGUUUGAUUCUGUACUUUAGUGCAUAGCGUGUUCUUAUUUAUGGGAUUAUAAACUGCAGUUUGAGUGCAGUGGAGGGAUCUGACUAAUGUAUUAGCAAGCGGUGUUCUUGUAAUCACAAGCUAGCAUUUACUCAGGUUUUGUGGCUGUGGUGAGUUUUUCCUCUAAGUUGGGAAUGUAAAACUAUUAUUUCUUCUUUCUUUUCUUGGUAAAACAAUCUAAAAUUGGAACAUUUUACAAUGGAAUCAAUAGUUAAAGACACCCAGAUAAUUUUUAAUUGGGCAGAAGAAAAGUAAUGAUUAGAUUGUGAAUUUCAGUGCCGAGGAAGGUGCCUUUAGAGUCAGUGUUUGCAUUACAGGGGCUUGUUACAGUCCACUGGAGACGACCACUCAGUUUUUACUGUUUCCUAUGUAUACGUCAGCCUUCUCAGGAUGUUAUUAUAUAUCCUUCGAGUUGACUAAACUCUUGUGAAGCUUUUCUUCCCCUUUAAAAUGGUGCAUAAUAUAAACAUGGUGUGUAGUGUGCAGAUAACAUUUAUUAGAUAGUUUGUAGUAUAUAAAUUUAGAACAUUGGUUUUUGACAAGGAGUAUACUGAUUGCUAAUUCACCAUUCUGUCAGGUACAGGAAAACAUUCUCAUGUUGGAUGAUCAGAUGCAAAAAUCAUUUCUAAACUUUGAGAAGAAAUAAUACAAUGGCCAUCCAUCCUUGGCUGGCCAGAGAUAACUAAUGCAGGUUUUUCUUGAGCAAGUUUUUUUUCACAUGUAGCAUUUUGAGAAUCUGGUUUGCUCAUGCACUAUUUCUAGUGAGAAAUUCUUGUUAUUAGAAGCAUGAAAGUGAAAUAGUGCGACGUGGUGAGUGUUUCUAUCAUUACUGUAGGUACUUGGACUGGUGCAAACUUGAUUCUUUUUCUUGCCCCUGUUUAGGAGCUAUUAAAAUAUUACUGUUAAAAUCCAAAUAACCCUUUGUUUCACAUAAUUGGAAAAUAGCCAGUUUCAUAUUAGCUUCUUUUUAGCUGUUUAUGAGAAGCUCUUAUACUGAGAUUGACUGGGAUUGGCUGUGGUAAGAAACCACUUCGCCUGUUUUUGGACCAAAAAAAAAAAAAAAAUCAGUAUCAUGAAAAAAAUUCCACAUUAUGAGAAUUCUUGUAGGCUUUAAAAAAACAAUUUCAGUUAGGUUGAUACAUUAUGCUGGGAUGCAGGUGAGAUGAAUGUUUUGUAAUAGAAUUUUAAAUGUUAGACUCGAAUAUCAGUUAAUUGUUUGAAUGAGGGGUGGGUGGGUAGACAGAUAACAAGAUUAUUAUUAAGUGUUUCUGUUCUUAAGGAAAAAGAUGUGAAUCCCAGCACCUUUCAGGGAAGCCUUUGAAGCUGUCUAUGAUGGACAUAAGUCUAAAUGUAUGUAUGUUUCAUUAAUUGCUCUUAAGACUACUGAGGUGGCAGUUUAAUUCUUAAAAACAAUAAAAUGAAAGCAUAAAUACUA